UGCAUGCAUGCAUUGCCACUCAUUUGUGUUUGUGUGAGACAGAUACAAGCUUCAUCUCUUUGAACAUGAACACCACAUGGUUUUGUUGCUGAACCAACACAAUGGGGCACAAAGAAAAAGCUAAAGAGCGAAAAGAUAAGAGGUUGCAGGAGAUAUCUCUUCUCAGGACAAUUCCUUAUGCUGAUCACCAGAGAUGGUGGUCCAAGGAAACAAUUGCCGUGGUUACCGGAGGAAACAGAGGAAUUGGGUUCGAGAUCUCUAGACAACUUGCUGAUCAUGGAGUUACUGUGAUACUGACAUCAAGAGAUGCUAGUGUUGGAGUUGAAUCAAUUAAAGUCUUGCAAGAGGGUGGUCUGCAAGAUGUGGCAUGCCAUCAGCUUGAUCUUCUCGACCCUUCUUCCAUCAGCGAAUUCGGUGACUGGUUGAAGGAAAAUUACGGUGGCUUGGACAUUCUGGUAAAUAACGCUGGUGUGAAUUUCAACUUUGGGUCUAAUAAUUCCGUUGAACAUGCUAAUUUGGUCAUUGAAACAAAUUAUUUUGGCACCAAGCGUAUGAUCGAAGCCAUGAUUCCAUUGAUGAAGCCAUCCUCUGCUGGUGGACGCAUCGUAAAUGUGAGCUCGCGUCUUGGUCGACUAAACGGCAAACGCAAUAGAUUGGAGAAUGAAGAAUUGAAGGAGAAACUAAGUAAUAUUGAAACACUUACAGAGGAGCUGAUUGAUGAUAUGGUAGCAACUUUUCUGAAACAAGUGGAAGAUGGAACUUGGAAAUCAGGAGGGUGGCCUCCAACUUUCACAGACUACUCAAUGUCAAAACUAGCAGUGAAUGCAUACACAAGGUUCAUGGCACACAAGCUUUCUGAGAGACCAGAUGGUGAAAAGAUUUUUAUCAACAGCUAUUGCCCUGGUUGGGUGAAAACUGCUCUCACUGGUUAUGCAGGAAGUGUGUCAGUUGAGGAUGGUGCUGAUUCUGGAGUUUGGCUUUCCCUUCUUCCUGAUCAAGCUAUUACAGGCAAGUUCUUUGCAGAGAGACGGGAAAUUAACUUUUAAGCACUUAGUUCAACAAUCAGGUUCAGACCAUCUUCACAGAAUUGAAGGAAAUCUGCAUGUUUGUCAUUGUCAAUGUCAUGUCACAUACAAAAGUAGUAUUACUCUAAGUCAUUUUGUUUUAGUGACUAGUUCAUUAUUCUAGAUAUUUGAUGUUUCUUCACUGAUCAGUGAUCACUGAUGCUUAAGGAAAAGGAAGUUACUGCAUGUUUGUUACUUCAACUAUGCUAUCUUUACUUUUCUCAUAUCAUAAGAUACUAAUUUUGUCAAACAUUUGUUAUGUUACAGACUAGUUUUACUUCCCAGCUCUUGCUACUUUAUCUUCUUCUUUCAA